GAAAUAUGUUUCGAAAGAAAGAUCGAUUUUGGGAGCAUGUUGAAAAACAAAAUAAUGGUCGUUUCAAAUGUAAGUAUUCUGAAAGUAUUUUUGCUGGAGGUGUUACAAGGAUUAAAUAUCACUUGGCUGGAGCUAAAGGUCACGAUAUUAAUAUUUGUGCAAAAGUGCCUAAAGAGGUCCAAGAGGAAGCUUCUCUAACAAUUGGUGAACCUAACAAAAAACGUAAGGGUGCAUCAACUUCAAACAAGGAUAAGGAGAGGGAAAUCAGCUCAACUUCAAUAUCAAAGGAUGACAAGUUAAGCGGAGUGUUUGAAAAGAGAAAGGCAGAAUACAUAGCUGAAAUUUUACUUGGUGUUUUUGUGGAGGGACUUCUAGCCAAGUUGAGAUCAAUUGUUAUAGAGCAACAUAUUAGUUUUGAGUUGGGUUUCAAGGAAGGGCUAACAGACCUUUUUAGCUUGUUAACCAAAAUUCAACUUGUGUUAAAUGAUGUUGAGAAAAGACAAGCAAGUGAUGAGUUUUUGAGGAGUUGGUUAGCAGAGCUUAGAGGUGUUGCUUAUGACAUGGAUGAUGUGCUAGACGAGUUUGGCUAUAACAUUCUUUAGCAAAAAGGUACUAAACUACUCUUCACCCUCUAAUGACAUUAUCAAUAUGGCAAACGAAAUUAAGAUUAUCUACAAAUCAUUAAACGGACUUAAAGGUGACAUUGCUAGUUAUGAAUUUCGAGUGGAGUUUGAGAAUUUGAUCCUUGAGAUUAGCUUUAACAUGGAGAUAGACUCCUUCCUUGAUGAUUCAAAAGUUAAUCAAAAUGUUGGAAAUAACAUUGUUAAAGCAACCUAUUGUGAUAGAGUGAUAGAAAUCACAGAGACUUUUACUCAAUAUGAAUUAGCAGAAUAUGAAUGUUGGCUCAUAUUCAAGAAAAGAGCAUUUGCAAAUGAAAGACUUUUAGCUCUAGAUUUGGAGAAAAUUGGAAAGGAGAUUGUUAAAAAAUGUAAAAGGGUUCCAUGGGCCACAGAAUUUCUAGGGAGAAUAAUGUACUUUGUACAUGAUAAAGGUGAAUGGCUGUUGAUUCAAAAUAAUAAAAAUUGGGAUUUACUGGACGAUAAAAAUAAUGGAGCAUUUCACAUAUUAAAGUUAGGCUAUGAUCAUCUUCAAACACCAUCCUUUAAAUGAUGUUUCACAUACUGUGCAAUUUUCCCUAAAGAUUAUAUCAUGAAAAAGGACGAAGUAAUUCAGCAUUGGAUGGCUGAAGGGUUCCUUGAACCAUCUAAAGAAGGUAAUACGAUGAUGGAAGAUAUUGGUAACACGUAUUUCAAUAUUUUGUUGGCUACUUCCUUUUUCCAAAAUGCUAGAGAGAAUGCCUGUGGUGAUAUUAUUAGUUGCAAAAUGCAUAAUUUGGUGCAUGAUUUUGCCAUUUCAAUUUCAAAAUCUGAAAUUCUAAUUUUGGAGGGAGAUUAUGUGGAUAAUGUUAGUGAAGUGCAACCUUUAUUUGUCCGAUCUCA